AUGAGAAAUAUAUUCCUAUAUGUAUCCUUCAUAUUGUACUUUCUUUUAAGUGUGGUUUUAUCGGUAUUAAAAAAUAAAAGAAGCAUCAUAAAAGAGUUUGUAGAAAAUAAUAAUUUUGAAAUUACUUAUCAAAGGCAUAUACCAUUCAGAUUAAAAAGGGAUAAUUUAAUAGACUAUCAAAUUAAAAAGAAUAAAAAAACUUGUAUAAAAAAUAAAAACAAUAUUACCAAAUUUAGUAAAAGACAUAAAAUCACGUUUAAUGAAAAUGCCUUUUUUAUUAAUAAUAGGAAAAUAAAAAAUUAUUCAAACAAUUUUCUCAAAAAAAAAAAUAAAUCAAAAAAAGUAUAUCUUCUAAAUGUGCAAAAUGGAAAAAAGAUCGAACUAUUUUUUAACACUUCGCCAAAUAAAUAUAAUAGUCUGAAAAAAAUUAUUCAUGAAAUUAUAUAUAAAAAAAAAAAUUACUUAUAUAAAAAUAACUUGUCUAUAAAAUAUAAUUUUUUUAAAAAAGAUAGUGUACUUUUAAAUUUUGAAAUAAUUCAAGAUAUUACAAAAAAAUAUAUUAUAGAAACUUCUAAUUAUUAUGUAGACUAUUUUAUAGACAUAUAUAAAAUUAGUCAUUUUGAAAAUAUAUAUAAUAAUCAAGUUGUUAAUUUUAUUUAUUUAUAUAAAAAAUAUGCAAAAAAAAAAUACCAAGAAAAAUUUAAUACUUUCCAUUAUGCCAAUUCAUUUAUUUUAGUUUACCCCCCUCCGAAUCUUUCAGGGCAAUUACAUGCAGGUCAUUAUCAUAAUUUUAUAUAUCAAGAUAUAAUACUUUUAUUUAAUAAGCAUAUACUUUCAAAAUAUGCUAUUCCUAUAUAUGGUGCAGACCAUGGAGGGCUUAGUGCUCAUGAAAUGUUUUGGAAGUUUUUUAUAAAAAGGAGAAGUGUUGAUUAUAUAAAAAAGUCGGAUUAUGUAAUAGAAAUGAAAAAAUGGCAAAAUGAAAUCAAAGAGGAUAUCCUAAGACGGCUACAAAGUAUAAACAUUAUAGUUGAUGAAAACGAAUUUUAUAAUACUAUGGAUGAAAAUAUGAAACAUAUAGUUAGCAAAACAUUUUAUAUUUUAUAUAAAAAUAAACUUAUUUUAAAUAAAAUGUAUCCCGUAUAUUACUGCAGUGAUUUGAAAACUAUUAUUUCACGACAAGAUAUAGAAUUUUAUGAAAAUCCAAAGGAACACAACAAUAAAAAAUAUGUGAUAAAACUUUAUAUAGUUAACAAAGAAGACAUAAAUAUUGAACCCGUUGAAAUAAAUAACGGAAUAAAUAAAGAUAAUGGAAUAGGUGUUCAAUUGGAAAAUAUUUGUUUAAUUCCUAAAACACGAAAUAUUGUAAAAUAUUUAGAAAAUCACCAAAAGUUGAUAUUAAACGAAGAAAAUGUUAUCUAUUUGGAAUUAGAAAGUGAAAAUGAUAUUCAUAACUUAAGUGCUGUUCUAUUUUAUUCGAUAAAUAAAGACAAAUUUGAAAAUAAAUAUGCUUAUAUAUCAUCAAAUAAAAAGCUCGUUCCAAUGAUAUAUUGCAAAAGGAAUUAUGUCUGUCCAAAUGAUGAUUCUAAUCAAAAAAAUGAGAAAAAAAAAGAGCAAAAAAAAAAUAUAUUUGUUCCCGUUUUUUCAUUGGAAAGGCACGACACUAAAGAUGUUGAAAACUUUCAAUGUUUUGACAAAAAUGAAAAAAAUGACAAAAAUGAAACAAACAUAUAUGCCUAUUAUAAGGGGCAUAAAUGCAAAUUAAUACUUUCAGAGCAUUGGUAUAUUAAUUAUAAAAAGUUAAGUAAGAUAUUUUGUGAAAACAAUUUUAACAAAAAGUUUGUAGUAUUUCCUACAAAAUAUAGAAAAUAUUUUUUUGAAAAUAUAACAAGUAAUGAAUGGAUAUUAAAUAGACAAAUUCCAUAUGGACAUAAAAUCCCGAUAUAUAAAUAUGAAUGUAAUGACGAUUCCAACAAAAAAAAUAUAACUAAUAAUAAAUUAGAUGAUGAUAAUGUUUGUGAUUCAAAUUUUGAAUACUAUAUAUAUGGAAAUAAUGUAAAAGAGGCUUAUAAUAAUAUGAUGAAUUCUUCUAUUUUUAAAAAUAAAACUAUUAAAAUUGAAAAAUUAAAACAAAAAGAUGUAUUAGAUAGUUGGUUAUCUUCAGCUUUAUAUUUUAUACAUUGCUUAGAACAAAGCAAAAUAGAUAUUUAUAAAUUAUUAAUGGAAAAAAAAUAUUUAGUCGAUUUAAUAUAUACAGGUAAAGACAUAUUACAUUUAUGGAUUGUUAGAAGUUUUGUUUUAUUUUAUUAUUUAAUAAAAAAUAAUUAUAUAAAAGAUGUUUUACCAAAGAAGUUUAAAAGCAGCCUUGAAAAAAACGAUUAUAAUUUAGCAAAAACGAUAAAAUUCCAUGGAUUAUUAAAAGAUAAUGUAGGAAAAAAAAUAAGCAAAACUGAUGAAAAUGUAAAACAUUAUGAUAAAUAUUUAAAAAAUUUAAAUAUUGAUACAAUACGAUUAUCCUUUUGUUUUAUGCAAAAAGAGGAUACAGAAGAUGUUAUUUUUUCAGAAAAUUAUAUAAAUAAAAGUGAAAAAUUUCUUAGAAAAUUAUGGAAUAUAGCUAAUUUUAUAAAAAUCAAUUGUUCAUAUAAUUUAUAUAACAAAACAAAAAUAAAAUUUAAAUUAAAUAAUAAUGACCAAAUAUACGAUUUUUUAGAGAAAUUAAAAUUUCCUAAAAUAGGUCAUAUAGGAAUACACACUUCAUAUUGUAAUGCAAUUUACAUGUCUAUAAAUAAAUUAAAAUAUUAUGAUACGUUUCAAGCUAUUAACAUAAUUCAUAAUUUUAUUAUGAUAUAUUUUUCAAAGUUUUAUAUUAACUAUUAUUUGUUUAAUUCUACUAACGAAUAUAUGAAAGAAGUUGGGAAUUUUUUAUUAAUUCAUAUUUUUAAUGGAUUGCUUAAAAUUUUAUAUCCUUUUAUUCCACACAUUACUGAAGUGUUAUACCUUCAAAUUUACAGAAAAGAAAAUAUUAAUAUUUCAAAACUCAAACAAAUAGAUGAAAAUAUUUUCCAUCCAUUGUCAUCUAACUAUAAUUUUUUUGAGAAUGAAAAUUUUUUACUAAAAAAAAGUAUAAUAAAUAAUACGCACUUUGACAUAUUCAUAAAAUUGUUUAAUUAUUUUUGUAACUUAAAAAAAAAAAAAUUAUCAGAAAAAAAUAAUUUUAAUAUUUACAUUAAACUUAAUGAUAAAAAUAAUAAUUUCCCAUUAAAUUAUUAUUUUUAUCAAGAAAUUCUAUUUUUUCAUAACCUUUUCGAUAUGAAUAUAUCCCUUUAUUCUAGUAAAACCCCUUUAGCAAAAAAUAAUAAUCAGGAUGAAAAACGAAAACAAGAACAAAAACAAAAACAAACUUUGUUGUAUACCAGCAAAGAUUUUGAUAUCAUAUUUGUACCUGAAUUAUGA